AUGGGAAUCAACAAUCCAAUCCCCAGAAGUUUGAGAAGCGAGUCAAAGAAGGCGGCUAAGGUGUUAUCUUCGUUCAUCAAGCCUAACCAAGUUAUCGGCCCAAACGAAAUUAUCCCACCACAUGUUCUUAAGAAUGCCAAGGGUCUUGCCGUAAUCACAGUUUUGAAAGCUGGUUUCUUAUUCUCUGGUAGAGCAGGUUCUGGUAUCAUUGUAGCAAGGUUACCUGAUGGUUCGUGGUCCCCACCUUCUGCCAUUAUGACGGCAGGUGCUGGUGUAGGGGGGCAAAUUGGAGCAGAAUUGACUGAUUUUGUCUUCAUCUUAAAUUCUAAGUCGGCUGUGGAUUCCUUUGCUCAAUUGGGUUCCGUCACCUUGGGUACCAAUGUGUCCGUGGCUGCUGGUCCCUUGGGAAGAAAUGCCGAAGCAGCUGCCACCGCGUCGUUGAAAGCUGCUUCUGCGGUAUUUGCGUACUCCAAAACUAAGGGUUUGUUUGCAGGUGUAUCUUUGGAAGGUUCUGCCAUCUUGGAAAGAAGAGACGCUAACAGAAAAUUUUAUGGUUCCAACUGCAAAGCUCGUACUAUCUUGUCUGGAAGCGUUGAAACCCCACCAGCAUGUGAGCCCUUAAUGAGAGUUUUGGAAAGCAGAGUGUUUAACAAUAGAUUCCCAGGUGAUGAUGAAAUAUAUGGAGAUGAUUACUAUGACGAUAUCCCAGACGAUUUCUCGGAUUCGACUUCCAACUCCUCAAGAAGAGCCAAUACUAGAUCAUCCAGAUCUAGAAGACACUCCGACGAUUAUUCGGAUGACGAUUACUCGGAUGAAGAUGAUAAUUACAGAACAUCAUCCACUAGGCGAACUUCUCAUUACACAAAUAGUCCAGCAAAGAAAUCCACUUGGGAGGAUGACAUCUAUGAUAAGAACAGCAGUAAUAGUGGAGUAAACAAUGUAACGAGUAGACUUGGGAACACAAGAAUAUCCAAUGGUCCCUCUAGACCUUCGACUUCCUCAAAGCCAAACUUUGGAAGUGCUCCUAAGAAUAACUCCAGUCAAGCUAUUGCAUUGUAUACUUUCAAGGGAGAGCAAGGUGGUGAUUUACCUUUCAAAAAGGGAGAUGUCAUCGAUAUUAUUAAGAAGUCAGAGACUGCUGACGAUUGGUGGACUGGAAGAUGCAAUGGUUCCUCUGGUAUUUUCCCAGCGAACUAUGUUGAGUUGAUUUAA